AUGCAUCAAUCUCUGCAGGUUUACAAGCCAGUGAGCACAGGUAAAUCUGAUGGUGUGGAUUAUCUGGCAACCUCGGUCGACGAGGGGAGUGCAGGUGAGUGGAAGAACAAGAAGUUGGCGACAGAUGGAGCCGAAGACUUUGGGAAAGCUGGUGAGAUUGGAGACGCUGUCGUGGCAGAGAAGAUCAAUGAAGAUGUACCAGAAGCACUCGUGGACGACCUAAAGCCGGUAUAUCCUGGAUUCCUGUCAACCACUCCAAUACAGAGGACAUCCCGAACGAGUACACCGAUACAACCGCUCCUCCGAAGUCCACUCAAGAGGACCGCCACUCUCAAACAACAAUAA